GGCGUCCCGUUAGCAGUGUGUCAACAACGUUUGUUUCAUGCCAAAAAAUCUUCCACAUUGAAUCUUUGGCGACAAUCAACUGGAAACCUAUAACUAAUUAAUUAAACAACCAAUUUAUGAGUGCAUCGUUUGUUGUCGGGUAUAAUACAAGAGUGUAUGACAUCCAUGAAUUGAAAAUGUAAUCAACAAUAAUGCGUUUACGACACAAACACGAUAAACAUUGCGAUUGCGAGUUGUGAAUACAUAGUUUGUGCCUUGCGAUGGGGGCUGAGGUGGAAUUCAACAGUAUACACUUCGAGAAGAAGCUCUCAGGCCUUAAGGAUUCCCAGGACAGCAUUAACGCCGCCUGCAUCUGGUGUCUGGACCAUAAGCAAUAUCACAAGAAAAUCGUCGCCACUUGGCUCAGCGUGCUGAAACGGGUAAAAGUGGAGCAGCGCCUCACGUUAUUCUAUCUCGCCAAUGAUGUGAUACAGUAUUCCAAGCGGAAGAACUAUGAUUUCGUUGAGAGCUGGGGCACUGCUCUGCAGAAGGCUACAACACUUGUGAGGGAUGCCAAGGUGAAGAAUAAAAUUCUCAGGAUAUUCAAGAUUUGGGAGCAGAGGGGCGUCUAUGGAGAGGAAUUUAUUAGUGAUUUAUCAGGUUUGAUCAGUGUUAGUCCUUCUACGAAGAAAGUUGAUGAGAGUCAUGAGUUUCAAUCAGCACAUUUGGUUGGGAAAAUUCGAGUUUGUGCCAAGCUGGAGGCGGAAACCGAUAAGAAACUGCAAUCAUUUAAGCAGCACAAUCCUAAAAUGCAAGAUGGUGAAGCAUUGAUGAAUUCUCUCAAAGAUAGGGCACACGUUGAUGAUGUAGAAAAAGAAAUGAAUGAAUACGUUAACCACAUGGAGAACUACAUUGAAGCCCUCAAAACCGAAAUCAAAGCUCGAAAUAGUCUAAUCAAUCUUCUUAUAACCGCUGAUACACAAUUAGAAAAGGAUCGAAAGGAUGUUAAAGUGGUUGCAACGGCAUAUAAAUCGUUUGCAACGCGUGUGAAAUCUCUCCGGAAAAAACUCGAUGAAAAACGCGCAACUCUCAACAGCCCGAUACCCUCCCCCGACGUGAAUGCGCCAUCACCAAGCCCAGACUCCGAUCUCGACUUACCCGAUAACAGCGCACCGUUCUCAACAGCAUCAGGCACCACUGGUAUGCCCACACAAAAUGACAGCACCUACCCGAAUGCAGGUUUCUACAAUCAAGCGCAGCCUACCACCGACACAUCCGCGAGUUUUAUGAAUAACAUGAACAACAGCUUCAGUAGUUUCAUCGGUACAGGCAUGACGUUCAGUUUAAACUCUGGGCAGACAAAUGUCGAUCCCAAAGCGGCGAAUGCGCUCACAAGUUUGUUUCCGGCCAUUGCAAAUCCCCCACCUCCACCUGCUCCAGUCCCGGUGCCAGCGCCAUCUGCGCCAAACUAUAACUAUAGUAAUAAUAUGCCACUAGCUCCGCCACCUUUACCACCAUUCACAAAUGAAGUGUACAAUGAUUACGGCAACAGCUACGGUAAUGGUUCAUACAAUGAAUCGGAUCCUUAUUACAAUAAUUCGGGUUAUGAUGGAGGAGUAUCUGAUUAUAAUACGCCUACAAGUGUAAGUCAUGCGCCGUAUAAAGUAGAUGAGUACAAUCCGGAGGAAGAAGUGGAAACAUGGGAGAAUAACGAGUGGGAUGGACCACCGACGACUGUAGACACGCCUGCAAGUCCACCUCCAUUGAGUAAAGAGGCUUUUAUUGCUCCGAUUGAGUAUCACGAAGGACAAAGCAUUCCUGGAGCUGUAGAUGUUGAUCAUCGGAUCAUGUUAGGCAUGAAUAAUAAUACAGAUAAUACAGACAUUGAUCAUAGAAAUUUGAUCAGUUUGACUGGAUCCCCGAAGGAUACACACAAUAAAGACGAAAAUCCAGAACCUGAAUGGCAUGAACAUGCUUUCUCUCGUAGAAAUAAAGAUUUUCGCCCAUCGCGCGAUAAUAACGAGUCUAUCGACAUGGAUCUCAGCGAUGAUGACACCGGCGAGCAUACACACAUGCAUGAUCAACAACCUAAGAAAGGUUUAUUACCUCCACCGCCAUUCCCAAUUGAUUUGGACGCGUAUGAUCAGGAUGGCAUUGAUGAUGAGAUGUGGCAACGUCAAACCCCGUCUGUUGCAAGUGAAGCCCGUUGGGCAGGUGGGUCCGCAGCGCCCCCUGGUGCCUCACUGCUAGGCACACCAAUGACACUGGCGGAAGGGGCCAUGAUGCGCGGAGGCGGUGCGCCACGUCGAGCUCACCUCCAUCAGACUACGAAACGCUUGCACGCAAACGGCGGCCGCGGUGAGUUUAAUAAUCGGGGCGAUUUCAGAGACAAUGGUCGCGGACGUUUUCGCCCGCAAGGCCCCAGCGCGAAAUUUGGUGGACGUGGUGGUGCCGGUUGGGGACAGCCGGCGAUGGCGCCGAUGCGUGGGUCACGCGGUGGCCGUGGUUUCAAUCGGUUUCGAUACUGAAUUCUACCGGUUUAUCCUUGAAUUAUCUUAAUAUCUUAAGAAAUGCAGGCAGAACACUGUUGUAAGUGAAUUGCAAGGUAAUACGUGAGUUUAACGUAGGCGAAUGACGAAGGAAUCUAGCAGGAUUUCUGUCUCGAAACACAAAUAUGUAUAAAAAUUGUUAAAAAGUACUGAACACGGACGCACACAGACAAAAGUCCGUACUCCGAACUAGUUGUAAGCCGGUUUUGAGUGAUCUCCAACGAGCGUGUAGCGUGAACAUAUUGUUUAGGUUAAGCACUUCCAAGAUGGCGUCUUGGAAUGAUUUUCUUUUGUUAAAGGGCCGCCUCAGUUGCUUAUGAAAUCGAUGCGCACGAUUCACAACACAUGAAGACGUAUACUUAUAAGAAUAUGAAAACCCUUUGUAUAUAUCUUUAGAACUUUAGCGUGUAAGCAAGAAGAAUUUCUCUUAGAUUUAUUAAUACCAUAUUACAACAACUUACUUAAUCCAACCAAAAAAAAAAAUGCAUACAUACAUUAUAUUAGACGCAAACGGAGUGAAAAGAUGAAUUAUCUAAGCAACCGCUGCACACAUUAUUGUAAUAAUCGUUCUGUAUGAAAUAUUCACUCAUUCUGCAUUUAACAUGUUGGUUUCGACUCGAUCCUUUGCGUAUUUCGAAUGUAGCAGUAAAAUAAUGAUAAAAAUUUCCACCGAUGCGCUGCGGCCAUCUUGGAAAUUUGAAAAUCCCAGCCAUUGCAUAAGAGUGGGGAUGGUUUGGAACUCGGCUAAGACAGGACCGUACACAUAUUCAUUUUAAAUUAUUGAAUUUAUUGCUACAUGAGAUUUGAUAAAGGCGACAGUUAAACGCAUAUUGAUUGGAUUGUUUCACGUGGCAUACCCAACUUCGGAGACAGUUGUGGUGGUGGACGAUGGCGUUGAAUUGGGAUAAUCAAGAAAGGCAUUCCCGCGCUCCCUGUGAUUAUUGCCUAUGUCACACACCAACGCUGUGAGCUCGCCGCUGAAUGGCAGCGGAUUCUCAGCGUUGGUAUCUUCGAUAAUAUCAUUGAGUACAUGGAUGAGACUAUCCGUCGCACGCUCCGAGUCGAGGAAUUGCAUCAGCACCUGCGUACUGGGCAUGCAUGAGCAGUACUCUUUUUUGGCACCACGGCGCUGCGGUUCAUCGAAACGCUUAUGAACAACGUUGUUGAAAAUGGACGUCAGUGAGCGAAUACAACGAGUUGUCUGCAAGCUACGCAUCUGUUGCUCUUUGUCCAGGCGCACGAAUUCCGCAGGAGUGAGCGCUGUUAGUUUGUCAAUGAAGCGGCCAUUACGUGCGAAGUCUUUCGGUAACUCCAUAUUACCACCACCGAUGAGAUUUGCGAAUUUGUUGCGGUUACAAUUUCGGGUCAGGAAUCUCAUUGUUGGGAGUGUACGACGACACCAGCCUUGCCGAGACAAGUAUUCGCAGUGUACGACGUUGCUUCGUUUCUUUGCGCCAGCGAAAUUGCCUAAAACGAGUAUUUUUAGUCGGCCAUUUUGAAUUUGAAGUAAAUUCUCACCUUUGAUGAUAUGUAUUGAUUUGUGAUAAUGAGAAGGUCUGGGACAUGUGUGGAUUUGCGGUGUUUUGUUGAUCGGCACACCAUUAACCAUUAAAUACAACAAAAUGGCGACGACAAGCAGACCUAUUAGAUUCUCAAGCAUGCAAUUCCAGCGCGAAGUAUAGGAUAUUGUAUAGGUUGACCCUAAGAACUUCAGCAAAUCCGCCUGCCACGUGUACAUGCUGCGACGAGUUAAAUUACCAUGUUUUAUGAUUUCCACCAGGCGCAAAACCGCAUUCUUUUGAAAUAAUUAAAUAUUCCGCGAUUGAAAUGUAUAACUGAAUUUCCGAAUUAAUUUUUAUAACAAUUAAAUUGACAUUUUACGAUUUGGACAUUUAUAUGUUAACUAGAUUUAUACCAAGGGUUUUCGUAUUGUUGUAAGUGCGGUCCUGUGUUGACUGAAUCGAUAUGUGCAAUAUGGCCGCCAACUUUGUAUGAAAUGUGUAAAACGCUACUAUUAUGAGAUGAUUCUGCUAUAGUACGUACUAUAGUACAUAACAAAACGUCUGAUUGAGUUUUAAACCUCUAAAAAUACAAAUUUUAAGUAGUGUGGUUAAUAAUUUUAAGGAGAUAAUACUGGCAGGAUUUUAUAAGAAAACGCCGCAGGAUUUGUAUCAUCAGCCGAAAUAGCUCAGUUGGGAGAGCGUUAGACUGAAGAUCUAAAGGUCCCUGGUUCGAUCCCUGGUUUCGGCAAUCGUUUUUGUUAACCAGACAUAUUUCUCAAGUUAAUCUGUGAUAUCUAAACUAGUUUUAUAAACAAAUUAUGCAAGACCUGAAAGUUUUAAGUAAAUAAGAAGUAUUUCUUGUA